ACAUGUCGGGCAGAUAGCAAUGCAAACUGUCUCAAUAUAAAGAUCAUUUACUGAAAUUUCCUUCAGGAAAGAAGGAAGACCGUUUUUAUCCACUGGGGCGGGAGCUUGUGACUCACUCAACUUCCUCCAUAGUAGCGCAUGGAAGAGUUGAGCGCGAGCAUUCUCUCAUUCGGUGCUUUGAGAGAGAGCUGAACACUCACAAUCGUGAGGAGCAACAGGACUACAGAUCUAUUAAACAGGCCAACCCAACUGACCCCAGCACACCCGACACGGACAGACAGAGUACUGAAAGAGUUUUGACAGGCUCUGCUGCUGUGACUGGCCUCUGUUUACUGGCAUCCUGUAGAAGUUACAGGGACUGACUCGGAUCAGGAGCAACAUGAGCGAGCGCUUUGACUGUGACAACUGCAAGGAGUCCCUAUACGGCAGGAAGUACAUCCAGGCGGAGGACAACCCUUACUGCAUCCCAUGCUAUGACAGCCUGUUCGCCAACACCUGUGAUGAGUGCAAAGAGCUGAUUGGCCAUGAUUCACGAGAGCUGUUUUACGAGGACCGUCACUACCACGAACACUGCUUCCGCUGUUUCCGCUGCGACCGUUCGCUGGCCGACGAGCCCUUCACCAGCCAGGAUGAUGCUCUUCUGUGCAACGACUGCUACUGCAACGAGUUCUCCUCCAAAUGUGUGGCCUGCGAUAAAACCGUCAUGCCUGGAACCAGGAAGCUUGAGUAUGCUGGCUCCACAUGGCAUGAGGGCUGUUUCAUUUGCAACAGCUGUCAACAGCCAAUAGGCUCCAAGUCCUUUAUCCCCGAUAAAGAUGACCACUAUUGCGUACCCUGCUAUGAGAACAAGUUUGCACCACGCUGUACUCGAUGUAAACAGGCCUUGGCUAAAGGUGGUGUGACCUAUAGAGAUGAGCCGUGGCAUAAGGAGUGCUUUGUGUGCACAAGUUGUAAAGUCCAACUAGCUGGCCAGCACUUCACCUCCCGUGAUGAUAGCCCAUACUGCAUCAAAUGUUUUGGCAACCUGUACGCUAAGAAGUGUGAAGCCUGCAACAAACCCAUUACAGGCUUUGGUGGUGGAAAGUACAUCUCGUUCGAGGACCGGCAAUGGCACCAGCCCUGCUUCACCUGCUCUCGAUGCUCCGUGUCGCUGGUGGGUGCCGGCUUCUUCCCCGAGCAAGACGAGAUCCUCUGUCGCAACUGCAACAGCAACCUAUAGAACGCGACCCCCAUCCACACACCUUACUUCCAUACACUCGCAUACGUCGCAUACAUUUUACACUGCUGUGCCCUCACCUGAGAACUUCCUGUCUCAAUUUAAGCCCAUGCUGAUACUGCUGUUUGAGAUCACAGCAAACCAGCAACAUACAAUUGUCUCAGCUUCACCAAAAUACUUCAAGAAUAGGCUUGCUAGUUUGCGACCAGAUAAACAAGACUUUUAAAAGAUGCACCAAAGAUUGCUGUUGAGACUUGAAAGCCAUGCAACGUUGAGUCCCUACUAAUCCAGAAUCAACACUAUAUUAAUGUUGUAGGUCUCUGUGCACACAUAAAAAUAUCUGAUCUGCCUACUAGUUAUUCCCAUCUUUAUUUUUCCUGGCCAGCCAAAGCUGUCAUUAGGCUGGUAAUGGUCAUUAAUGGGUGGAUGUAGUCUGUGUUUGCAGCCUGUGAAAGAACUCAAACAGAUUCCUUCAUAAACACCGAAAGGUCAAAGGUUGGUGUUCUGUUAAAGUGACAACGCCCAUUUAGAAUUUUUGUUCCAAACACUCUGUGCCAAGCAAAGUGUAAGAACAGGAAUGAAUGCACAACUUUUGCGUUUUGGGUACAAUAAAAGUUACACUUUGAGAAGCAGCCACCCAAACCUGAACAUCUAGCUUUUUCACACCAUGUAUGUCACAUAAAUAUGUAUGUGACUGUUGAAUGCUGUAGUUAGUGAGCACUUUUUCUAAAAUCUCACUAAAACCUUGUUUCUAAGCAGAAUUAGUUCUCUUGAUGCAUUGCACAUGCAUUCAAAACAGUGGAGAGUCUUCCAAAUGCAUAGAAAUGUCAGAAAAAAUAACAGCUGAAAUGUUUCUGCGGUUCAGAAAUGAGUGGGAAAAUGAAGUUUGAAAUGCAUUUUGAAUACAGGUUUGCAUUUGCACUACUAUAGCUUUAAUUAUCUAUAGAAGCACAGAAACUUCAAGAUACAGCACGCAUUACACUGUAUAUACACAAAUUACAUACUAUUUCUGUUCACUUCCUGUUUUUUUUAGUUGUUUGAAAAUUAAUUUGUCUACAUUAUGACCUCUACAUUCAGAAUUUGUUAAAUCUUUAUAAACAUGUCAUUGUGUUAAGAGUGAAUGCAAUUAAACAAUAUUUGUGUCAGUAUGUCACAAACGAUAGUAUGCAUGUUGUCAAACUUUGUCAUUUUGAGACAGUAAGUGUUAUUUUUUUAAUGCCAAUUUUACUAGUUUUACCCUCUGAAUAUUUCUAAAUGUAUAAGUAUAUAUUCACUUUGAGCUUUAAUGCAGGAGAGAAAGAGUUGGCUAAUGUGCAUUUAGUGAAAAUGAUUCAAGUGAUACAAGCUUUUGUAAGUUUGAGGUGUGGUUAAAGAAAAACAUUUCAUUUUUUAAAACUAUAAAAAAAAAAUGUUAUUGAUUGUUUGUUAAUAAAUAUUUUAUAAAUUAUACAAA